AGGGAGAUGCAAAUGAACAAUGUAUUCGUAGACCUCCAUUUCCUUAUAAUUCACCGAGCCCUUUCCCUUCCCCACAGCGAGAGCGAGAGAGGGAGAGAGAGAGAUGGAGGGAGCAAGGAAGCUUUUGGUGGAGAAGGUGACAGACGUAGAGGGAGCGGAAGAAAUCAAGAGGAACGUGAUAGAGUUCUUGAAGGAGAAAUUUGUCCAACUACUCCACCUUCUGGAUGAUUUCGGCCGGUUCUUCACCGAGAAGGUGGACCAGCUCUUCCCGCCGGCGACCCGGGCCGAAACUCUGCACCGGUGGGUCCACGUCGGGCUCACUGUCGUCCUCCCCGUCGCCCUCGCCGUCCUUUUCCUUUUCUACUGCUGCCGCUGCUGCUGCUGCCGCAACGGAGGUCGGGCCGCCGGCAAGAUGAUGAAGGCCCCUGGGAGGGGUGGCCCCCUCAUGCCGAGGGCCUCCUUCGAGAGCAAUCCCCAGGCUUAUUUCCGAGGCCUCCAUGCCGGCAAGGAUCUGGUCUAUUAAUUAAGCUGUACGUAGUUAUAUAAGCCGCGUAUUAAAUGUUGGUAUUAGCGUUGCGUGAUGAUUUAACUUUCGAUGGUGAACCAGUUGCAGUGGUGUUGUUGUUACUGAAGAAUGUUGCUGGGUUUUCCGACUUUCAGAUAAUAUAUAUUACGUUGUAUUCCGUUUUCUCGA